AUGUCUACUGACUUGAUGCCUACAGACCUCGACCAAAUCGUCUCCGGCGAGUUCAGGGACCAUCCCGAGCUGAUUCCGAUUCCUGGGUGUAUUCCGAUUCAUGGGGAAGAUCUCUUGGAACCGGCUCAAGAUAGGGAGGAUGAUGCGUACAAGCUAUUACUCCAUAACUGUAAGAGGUAUAGAUUGGCCGAUGCUAUUUUUCUUAACAGCUUCCCGGAAUUGGAGCCGGAAGCUAUGAAAGCUCUGCUAAAGGAGGAAGCAGGGAAGCCCCCUGUUUAUCCAGUGGGUCCGCUGGUGAGAAACGAUUGCAGUGAAAACGGAAAGAGAGCGGAGUGUUUGAAAUGGCUUGAUGAACAACCAAAUGGGUCGGUUCUGUUCGUGUCAUUUGGGAGCGGUGGGACUCUGUCGAGUGCUCAAAUCAAGGAAUUGGCGUUGGGAUUGGAAAUGAGCGAGCAGAGAUUUCUAUGGGUGGUAAGAAAGCCAAACAACGAGGCGGCUAAUGCAACGUUUUUUAGCGACGAGAACGAGAACGAAGCGUCGAGCUUCUUGCCGGAGGGGUUUAUGGAGAGGACGAAAAACAGGGGAAUGGUGGUGUCAUCGUGGGCGCCACAGGUUGAGGUGCUGAGGCAUGAGUCCACCGGGGGGUUCUUGAGCCACUGUGGGUGGAACUCGACGCUGGAAGGCGUGGUGAAUGGGGUUCCUCUGAUUGCUUGGCCGCUGUAUGCAGAACAGAGGAUGAACGCCCAUAUGCUGACAGAGGACAUUAAAGUUGCUUUGAGGCCGAAGAAGAAGGAGGGAAGUGGGAUUGUGGAGAAGGAGGAGAUUGCAGAAGUGGUAAAGUCGUUAAUGGAAGGCGAAGAGGGGAAAAGGAUUCGAGGGAAAAUGAAGAAUCUGAAAAAUGCAGCGGAAAGAGCUAUGGGGGAAGAUGGGUGUUCAUCCAAAGCAGUGUGUGAAAUGGGUAUGAAGUGGAAGAAGAAGAUGAUGAUGAUGAGCUCCCAAAAUGGGUAUGAAUUGGAAGAACAUCAGGAUUUUGAAUCUUCAAUUGCCUCUUGGGGGAAUUGA